CAGCUGGUGACCAAUCGGCGCGGUGGCCAAAACCUCAUAUACAAUGGUCACAUGUACUCAGUGGAGCGAAAGUACCAUGCCAGCAUCAAUUGGGUGUGUACUAAGAACAGCAAUCUCUUGAUCCGCUGCCCCGCGCGCUGCGUGACCAACACCAACGACAACAGCAUCAAGCUAAGUCACAGAUCCCACAACCACGCCGCCAAUCUGUUCAAGGUUCACAAACCACGGCAGUUCACUCGCCAACGCCGACGGCACAGGCGAAGUGUCCCCUAGUCUUAAUUCUUAAUCUAAGUCUCGCUCAU